AUGACAACUCGUACCCAGUCACGACCUCUUCGAUCAUUCAACUUUCAAAGUCUGGGGAGUCCGGAAAUACAUGCCAGCCUUUCGCCCACAGAGCCCGCCGAGUCACUCAGGCUGCCAGAAAGCCAUUUAGUGUUUAGGUCAGUGCCAGCCAGGGAGCUGGUCAAAGGUUAUAGCAAGCUCGGCGUGAAUGUCGAAUCAAGGCUUUGCUUUGAAGAAGAGGGGUUCUCCUAA